AGAAACAGAGUACAGCAUAGCCCUAUAUCUAACAGUGUUAGCACUGCAGAACUGUUAGAGUACAGUUUAAAUUCCUGUUCAGCUGUCUCAGAUCUUUCAAGAUGUCCUCAGAUAUUAAUGUCAAACCAGAUCUAUCAAGAAAUGUGAGAUGCAGCAGAAAGGAGCAGGAGGACGGAGCAGAGUGGGAGCAGAGGGAGGUGAACACCUACGAGAGUGCAGAUGAGAUCAGAGAAAGUUAUGAUGAUUUUCAGUCACAGCAAGGAGGACCACAGACUCAGAAUCCUCCUUCAGUCCAGAAGGGCUCUUUCAGAUGUGCUACACUGGCUCUAAGAGUGCUGUGCCUCCUGAUGUUAGCUGGGAUCAUCAUCCUGUCCAUAUGCUUUGGUUGGAGUAACAGUCAGUUACAGAGCAGUUAUGAUAAACUGAGUAAAAACCACAGUCAGCUACAGGAAGAAGUGAAGAAGCUGAAGGAGAAGAUAGAAGAGAAGUGUCCUGAUCGAUGGAGGAGAUUUGGAAGCAGCUGUUACUUUAAAUCCACUGAGAGGAAAACUUGGUCUGACAGCAGGAGAGACUGUCAGGAUAAAGGAGCUGAUCUGGUGAUGAUAAACAGCAAAGAGGAACAGGAAUUUAUCAGUGAACUGAACAUGAGAGGAUACUCUUGGAUUGGUCUGAGAGCCAAACAGUCAUCAGGAGGAUAUAAAUGGGAAUGGGUGGACGGAUCAGCGCUGACACAAACGUUCUGGGCAGAAGGAUAUGAGAUUCCCAGUUAUGGUUACUAUGGAGUCUGCUGUGACAGUGAUGGGAAAUGGACACGGUCACCUGGAUAUAAUUUUGGUGAUCAUGUUUCUAAGACCUUCAUCUGUGAGAAAUGAGUUUGGUGCUUUGAUGUAAAUGUUUGAAUAAUCCAACCAAAGACACCUCACUAUGAAAUGUCCUGCAUGAGCCUCAGACUCAGCUCACAGUUGUUACUUGUUCAUUCUGCAUCAUAUAUUGAUUACAUAUAUUGUCCCUCUGUGCUCUGUGCUGUACAGUAAGGUUGGAAGUCAUCCACACAAAAACUUGAAGUACUUCAUUACUCUGUAGUUCCAGCAAAUUGUUCUAAUAAAAGUCAAAGUGCAGCUUGUCUUUA